GUCUGGCAUGCUGUGUUGUUGUGACGCGGUGCAUGUCGGGAAUACAUGAGCAUCAAAUAUGGCGACUUCCACAGGACAAGAUAGAAAGGCUGUUUGUACCUCGGAUGUGGAUCUAUUACUGCACCCUGAGCUGUUGUCUCAAGAGUUUAUGCAGAUAAUCUUAAGUGAGAAAAAUGUCAGUACCAGAGACGGUGAGAGUCGGGACCGGCUCACAGAGCUUUACCUCCGGCAUGUCAUCCCGCUGCCGCAGAGGACUUUGCCCAACAGCCGCUGGGGCAAGAGAAUGGAGAAGACCCGAGGGAGACAGACACCGGCUGGUCACAGGUCAGACAGUUCCAGUAACGACCAUAAUAGGAAAAGGCCUCUGAUUGUGUUUGAUGGCAGUUCCUCUCAUUCUGGCCCACUAAAAGUAAAGAAGCCAGAGGGAACCACCGCGUCAUCAGGAAUCACUGACAGGUUAAAACCUCCCCCUGCUGCAAAUCUAUCCAACCCCAUCCGCAGGCUAUCUGGAAACACAUCUUCCUGUUCCUCAUCCAUUCAUCACAGCACUGACACAGCAAACCUCAAACAAGAAGCAAACAGCUCGGGUGCAAUGAAGUCUCCAGAAGAGAAGAAAAAGAUCCAGCAUGUGACAUGGCCCUGACCUCUGAUCCCUAUUCACACAGACCUGAUGGGAGCUCAGGCUCUGAAGGACUCACUCCUCCUCCCACCUAAAGUUGUUGCCCACUACUUGUGCUCUCCCCAUCACAGUUAUCCCACUAAUUGCAUCAAAGGGAUGAAAACCCUUUUACCUAUGUGUCAAGGCCACCUAACAGCUCUCCUUCAGUUCUGAGAGCUGACAGGACGGGGUGUUGCUCCGAAGAUCGUCCUGCUUUUGAAGUCAUGAGCUUCCUUGUUGCUCUCCACAACCUCAAGUGCCCUUAGCAUCAAUGAUCAGAAACUCUCUUCAAGUCCCACGGAGACAUUCUAGAGGACAAAACAAGCAACACGACUUUUUUGUUUUCUGAAAUGAUAUUUAUGGAUAUUAUGGUUGUUGAUGUUCUGUUUCUGUGCACAAGUUGGUUUUGGUAAGAGGGCCUCCAGUACUGGUUUGCAAGGGUGAAAAGGUGAGUCUCUUGCCUGGGUUUUGUUUAAACUUUUGUAAUUGUUAAUUCCAUAACUUGAAUGGGACAGAUUGAUUUUGAAACAAAUGUUAUAGACUCAUAGUUUCAGAUUCUGACUGUCAAAAUGAUGGACAUAUCUAAGAGGCAUUGUGACCAUGUUAUGGUAGCGCUAAAAAAUAUUCAGAUUCUUUCUGGUGUACCUUUUUUUUUUAAAAAGAAUACAAACCACAGAUUAUGCUCAUCAUAACAUUUUAGAAGGUGUGUGUACACUUGACAUUUUUGUUCUCAAUGAACUCCAUUCCUUUGACGUUUGGCUUUAUUCAAACCUCAGUGCUGUUUCACAUGUUGUUCAGGGUUUUUAAAUAUUAGUAUAAUGUGGUAUUGUGUACAUAUGUUGCACAUAACAUGGAGAUGAAUGAUUCCAGCUGGAUCAUAAUCCACUACUUGCCAUUUUGACAGAGAGGAAGCGGAUAACUUAGAUUCACAUGUUUGAAUAUCACCUUUUAAUAAUUCAGACAAAAGAAAGGAAUAUGGGCUAAACCAAGAAUAUUGUCUUUUUGAAAUAUAUGUAUUUGGAAUUGUGGAUAAAUUGACUUUGCAUUUACUGUGUUUGAAAUGGAUGUAGACAGAGUUCACUAAAAUCACAAAGGAACAAGAUUUACAAAGAACUUUGAAUCCAUCGUCAAAUCCAGUGUCAUGUUUGUACCAACAGUUUUUUAAAUACAUUGUCUCAAUACAGUGAA